AUGACAUCUCAGAUUGAUGGAGACAGACUAUCGCAAAUAACACAAGCUCUCGAAGCGACCUACGACGCGCGAUCGACCAACGACACACGACGAGCAGCCCUUGAGUUCCUCGAUGGCGCCAAGAAGCAACCAGACGCGCCGCAACACGGCUACUCGUUAGCUAGCGACGAAUCGCGACAAGCUGCCAUCCGUCACUUUGGUCUGGCCCUGCUCGAGUUCGCUCUCCGCUACAGGUGGGAAGAAUAUGGCCAGAACGAGGCCGAAACUCUGCGUGGCUGGAUCCUCAACCUCGCCCAGAACGUAUCCGAAUCCGAUCCUCAGUAUUACCGCAACAAAGUAGCCUCGCUGUGGGUCGAGGUUGCCAAAAGAUGCUGGGGUGCAGAGUGGUUGGACAUGGAUGCUCUCCUAGUAGCCCUAUGGGAGACAUCAGAUGACAGCAAGCAGCUGGUAUACAGGCAGAUGGUGCUCUACAUACUGGAGUGUCUAUCCGAGGACAUCUGCAACAGGGAAGACCCGGUCGCUGGUCUCCGUCAAGAUGUGCUUGGUCAGUGCUUGAACGAGAUUGUCAUACCCAGCCAGUUGUAUAAAGACCACCUCGAAUCGCGUGGCAGCUCGCAAAACGUGCGCCAUACCCAAGACGGGUGGCUUUCUCGCAUGUGCGCCUUUCUCUUCCAGUGCUCUACCAUCAUCUCCCAAGGCGAUCAAAGAGUCGUCGUCUCUGCUAUAAAGACUCUCGAAGCUUUGAGACCUACAGUGACAUGGCUCAGCUUGAGAGCUUUGACAGAGACAGAGUGUGCCCAGUCUCUGUACAAGAUGCUCGCCGCUGGCGAUACUGCUGUGCAGACGGCCACUAUCGACGCUCUGCAGGCCAUCCUGAGCCGCCCUUACAACCCCCACUUCCAUGAAUCCUGGUCCCAAAUCAUGCUUUCUAUACUGCAACCGGAUCACAUCGAGUUGCUCAAAAACAUCCAUCUAAGCUGCAACACCUCAGCUGACGACAUUGACGAGCCCAAGUAUACCUUGCAGAAGAAGCUAUCAGAGGUCUUGUCAAUUCUGGGAGACGCUGCUGCUUCCAACCCCGAAAUCUUGGCUACGCCCGAGAUUUGCGCUGCCUUGGUUGAUGUGAUGAUGAUUGCAUUCCAGCAUGAUAGUCUUCUUGUCUCCAUUCCCGUCCUGCACAGCUUCACAAAACUCUUGGUCGCAAAGAGUCCGUCCAUCUCAAGUACUAUGGGCCAGAGAGUAGCCGUACUCCUCGGCACUUGCAGCCAACGCCUCAUCAAGUACGAGUCACUUUCACACGAAGAGUUACCGGUGAUUCUCUACCUGAAUGAGGACUUCGAAAACCCUCCUGAGUUGCAUUCGUUCCUUGGCAAUUACCGAAGAUACUGUAUCACCGUGAUCGAGAACAUCGCUUACUACAUGCCACAAGAAGCUGUCGGCCACAUACUAGAUCAGACGGUGCAGAUGGUCAACUCAAUUUGCCAAGAGUUCAGACCACCUUUCCCAUCUACAGGUCCCGCAAAGACGCCGAUUCCUGUGCUGCAAUUGGAGUCACAAGCAUCUGUCCUCAGAAGCACGAUGAAUGGCUUCAUUCAGUGGUACAGCAAAGCUUCGCGACCAGAAUCAAAGUCCGAUCAGCACACUACCAACAACGUCUAUGGAGUGACGCUUACCAAUCUGCGCGACUUUUGUUACAAACUGAUGACCAUGAAACCACAACAUCCUGAGAUAGCUCGUCUCACGACCCACAUCGCGGUCAAUGUUUUGGUAAAGACGUUGCAAGGACAGCCCGAGUUGGUCGUGAAGAUUCUUGACUACUGUCUGAGUCUACAGUACCCAGACGAUCCGUCCAACAAAGACUACUCGGCUGCUGUUAAGAACUUCCAAGGAGCACGUCUGGGUGAGAUGCAACGGAUUGCCAUGUCCUUCCCAGAUUAUCUUCUUGACGUCUACUCCGACCUGGAGGCCAGAGUCAACAACAUGAUGUCUGCCGAAGAUGCCGAUGAGCGCACAAAGUGGGGUCUCCAAGCAUUCUUGUUCAUCAUCGUGCACAGAGCAUCUGCAGUUGACUCACAAGCACGACUCACUCGUCUUCAACAGAUCAUCCAGCCGGUCGUCGACAUCUGGCAAGACCCCCAGUUGACUGAAGCAUUGUCGACCUUUUCCGGGUUCUGCAACGUCGUCGGUCUAGAAGGCUUGCCAGAGUACCUCUCAACGCAAAGAUAUGCUUCCGUCCAGGACUGGCCCAGUCAGCCUCUGGACCAGGAAGGCAAGGCACGUCAAACAGAUGUUCAGAUGAAAGUCAUGCGUUUGCCCCUCAACGCCACUAAAAAUCUCCUCUCGGCCACUACUGAAAAGCUGAAAGAGUCAUCACGCGAGUACCAGAUCGGUGCCCAGGUUUGGGGUCCGGCAAUGCAAGCUAUGCUGUCCAAUGUGCUGCAGAUGACCAGACACGCCACAUCCUUCCCCAACAGUAGCAACUGGUCAAACUUCCCUCCUGAACUGCAAAUGGUGAUGCAGAAGAUGCUCGUCGACAGAUUUUGGCAAGCAGGUAUCUCGAACGAGAGCAGAGAUGAGUUUUACGCCCGAAUCGCUGAGAGUGGUGACACUUAUGAAGGCUUCGCCUCUGCUAUCCGUGGUAUCCCUCGACAGAUCCGUGAUUGGUGCUAUCACAUCGUCUAUGGCAUGACGAGGUUCGAGGAAGAGUUCUUUGGGCUCAAGGAGUUGCCUGGGCCAAUGGCUGAGGCAUUGCUCACAGAUGCCUCGUCUUUGUCUACGCAUCACUUGCAGAGACUGAUCGCAUUAGUGGAAAGACUUGUGCAGAGAUGUCCAGCCCACCACAGAAGACAUUUCAUGCCACCGAUACUAUCACUCUUCUUUUCCCAGACGGACAAGAAGAUCAGUGCAGAGUGGGAAGUCAUCGAGAGGUCGAGUACACAAUCUGUCGAGGGUGAGGAUCAACUAAACGACGAAAUGAAGGCUGAGAGCGUGUUACGAGCAACAACCUACGCAGUCGUCAACUUCGCCUCUACCAUCCUCGAUCAACGACCAGCAGAUGUCACACCCUCCACCCAACCGCAACAACCCUCCCAACUCACCAUGCGCACCCUCGUCCUCUCCGAAGCUUCCAUCCUGGAACCUCUAAUCCUCUUCUGCACCCACGCCCUCCGCAUGCGCGACUCCCGCUGCUGCACCCUCAUCUGCCGCAUCCUACGCUCCAUCCUCCCCACCUUCACUACCUCAGACGCACCAGCACCCCAAGUCCGCAACUUCAUAAACACACAAGUGCUCAAAGCUUGCAUCACCUCGCUCAAUGAUCCUUACUUUGUAGACGUCCAACGCGACCUCGCAAAUUUGAUUGCGAAUAUUCUGGCUACGUACUCGCCGUUGGAGAACACGGCUAGAGAUGUGUUGCUCGAGUUGCCCGACAUGAGUGCCGCCAAGGUUGAUACGGCGAUUGAACGCAUCGUGGGGACUGCUAGUGAGCGUACGCAAAGAGUCUUGGUGUUAGAGUUGUUGGAAGGUGUUAGAGGUGUCUCUAUACAUGAGGCGGGAAAGAUUGAUAGGAGGGACCACAAGGCCAAGAGGAGUGCGAUGCAGCAGCAGUAUAUGGAGGUUGAGCAGAAACCUGCUGGUGGAAAGAAGGAGCAGAGCCCCAAGUUGGAGGGUAUGGCCGAGAUGUUUGGAGGAGAUUAG